CCCUCGCAGUAUUGACACUUCGAACUCAGUCUCGAGAGUAGGUAGCUGCCGAGAGCAUCGUCGCUUCGAGCUGUACUAUCGGCGCUUCUCCGUCGCGACAACGGCAUACUUCGAUUCUCACUCGUACGUGAGGCCCGGCGAGAUGGGACUCCUCGUGACUAUUCUGACUCUUGCCGUGAGCUUGUUUUUCAUCAUCGGAUUGGGCGUCGGUGCCAGAUUACCGAGAGCCGACGAGAUUCCGACUUGCGGAUACGAGUCCUGCACAAAGAGUGAUCCGGACAAAAUAAACAUUCAUUUGGUCGCUCACACUCACGAUGACGUCGGCUGGCUAAAAACUCUCGAUCAAUAUUAUUAUGGAGGUCGUAUGAACAUACAAGUCGCCGGUGUAGAGUACAUUAUCGACAGUGUCAUCGAGGCUCUGAAUCAAGAUCCAGCGAGAAAGUUCAUUUACGUGGAAACUGCAUUUUUAUGGAAAUGGUGGCAGCAUCAGGGCCAGAAAAAACGCGAACUCAUGAGAAAAUUCAUCGACGAGGGCCGCUUGGAAAUAAUCGGUGGCGGCUGGGCCAUGAACGACGAGGCUGUCACGCACUAUCAUUCUAUGAUCGAUCAGUACACCUGGGGAUUCAGACGGCUGAACGACACUUUCGGCCAAUGUGCGCGACCCAAAAUCGGAUGGCAAAUCGAUCCGUUCGGUCAUUCACGCGAACAGGCGUCGAUGUUCGCACAGAUGGGCUUCGACGGUAUGCUGUUCGGUCGAUUGGAUUAUCAAGAUAAAUCUAAGAGGCUCCAAGAUAAAACCGCAGAGUUCAUUUGGAAAGCGAGCCCGAGCUUAGGAAGCUCAUCCGACUUGUUUACGACUAUGCUUUACAACAAUUACGGACCGCCACCUGGCUUUUGUUUCGAUAUUCUCUGCCAGGAUUCGGAGCCGAUGAUCGAUGACGCUGACAGUCCGGAUUACAACAUCGAUCGGAGGCUGGCGACAUUUUUGAAAUAUGUCAAAACCCAAGCUUCAUCAUACAGAACGAAUAAUAUUAUACUAACUAUGGGCGAAGAUUUUAACUACUUAUACGCUGAAAUGUGGUUUAAAAAUUUGGAUAAGCUCAUUAGAUACGUAAACGAGAAAAAUGGCACGGAUUUUAAAGCUUUCUACUCGAGCCCAUCUUGUUACUUGAAAUCCUUGAACGAGCAGAAACUUGCGUGGCCGGUAAAGAGCGAUGACUUUUUCCCCUAUGCCAGCGAUCCGCACGCUUUUUGGACCGGUUACUUUUCAUCGAGACCAACUUUGAAAUUCUUCGAGAGAAUGGGAAAUAACUUUUUGCAGGUCGUAAAACAAAUGUUGGUACUGAGCAAUCAGCCCGAUAACAAGCAGCUUCAGCUGUUUCGCGAGGCGAUGGGAGUGAUGCAGCAUCACGACGCUGUUACCGGCACUGAAAAGCAACACGUCGCCGAGGAUUACGCUAGACUUUUGUAUCGUGGAUUCAGAGAUGCGGAAAAACUUGCCUGUCACUCGAUGAACUUGCUUGCACGGAUCAAAGAAGUUCCUAAACCAGCCAAAUUUCAUUCUUGCCCUCUAUUGAACAUUAGUUCUUGCGAAUAUUCGUCGGAUAAUCGCAAAUUUGUAGUUUCAGUUUAUAAUCCAAUGAGCCAACCUCUUACGACUUUCGUUCGAUUGCCAGUUAAUGGGGUUUCUUAUAGCGUGAAAGAUUAUUCGGGUAGAGAUAUCAUAACUCAACUCGUACCCAUCCCCGAUCCAGUGCAGAAAAUUCCCGGUAGAUUUAGCUCAGCUACAAGGGAAUUGUUAUUCCAGGCCGUUAAUAUCGCACCGUUGGGUUAUCAAAUGUUCUAUGUAAGUGAAAAGGACUCGGUAUUCGAAGAACUACAAAACGACCAACCAAAUCUUGAUUAUGUUCAAACCAUCGGAAGAGAUAUGUUCAAAAUUAGCAUUGAAAGCGACAGCAAAGUGAAAAUCAAAUCGUUGAAAUCUCCUAAUUUGGAUUACACACAAUCUUUCCAUUAUUUCGAGGGUGCAGAAGGUAACAACAAAAUAUUUGUUAAUCGUUCCUCGGGAGCUUACAUCUUUAGACCCAAAGAAAACUUUGCCAAGGACUUGCCAGACACGGGAGUUUUCCAAAUUUUCAAAGGUCCAUUGGUUGAAGAAAUUCAUCAAAUUAUUAAUGAUUGGGUGAGCCAAGUGAUAAGAAUCUACAAUGGCAAAAAUUAUGUUGAAUUUAACUGGCUCGUUGGACCUAUUCCAGUCAAUGAUAAAACAGGCAAAGAAGUUAUAACAAAAUACUCGAGUAACUUGAAAACGAACAGUGAAUUUUAUACUGACAGUAAUGGCCGAGAUAUGUUGAAACGUAAACUCAAUUAUAGGCCAACUUGGGAUUUAAGAUUACAAGAGCCAAUUUCUGGCAACUAUUAUCCAGUUACCUCAAAAAUAUCGAUCGAAGACAAAUCGAAUCAAUUAAGAUUGAGUGCCCUUACCGAUAGAGCUCAGGGUGGGUCGAGCUUGGAGGAGGGCGAAUUACAACUUAUGCUACAUAGGCGGUUAUUAAGUGAUGAUGCAUUUGGUGUUGGAGAAGCUUUGAAUGAGUCGGCAUAUGGCCAAGGAUUAGUUGCCAGGGGGCAACACUUUUUACUCGGUGGUAGUAUGGCUGAAUUAGAUCAAUUACUUUUGGAAGAAAAAGAAAUUGCAACAGAACUUGCGUUACGUCCGUGGAUCUUUGUCAGUCCAACGGAAGAUUCGUUCGAAGAGUGGAACAAAAAUUACAGAAUGAAGAGCAAUGAUUUGAUUGGUAAAUUACCAAAGAACGUGAAAAUUUUAACUCUCGAACCAUGGAAAGAAGGAGAAGUACUUCUUCGAUUGGAACAUCUUUUUGAAAAAGAUGAAUCUCCAAAAUAUUCUGUUCCUGCUAGCGUGGACUUGAAGGAGCUGUUCUCAACAUUUACCAUACACUCCGUUCGCGAAACAGUUUUAAGUGCGAAUCAAUGGAUCGAAGAUUUGAACCGUUUGCAAUGGCAAUCGGAAGGCAAUGAAGUUCCAGUCGGUAAUAACAAAUCGGAGCCAAUCAUAGAUUCGUUUGUUGUACGACUAAACCCCAUGGAAAUUCGUACUUUUAUCAUUACUUCAUCAUUCAAUGCUGAGUCUUCUUAAUCAGUUCGAUUUUGAAAGUCAAAACAAUGGAUCUUUUUACUGUUACAUUUUAUUUAAUGUAAAAUAAACA